ACUCGCUGUCACGACAGGAAGAGACUCCGGCCGGCCGUGCUCCCGGCCCCACCCCCUUCCCUGGCUCGUCGCUGCGCCCGAGACCCCUCCCCAGCGUCCCAGGCGCGGGGCCACUCGCCCAGAUUCCCAGUAAACUUUCCCACCCUGGGCUCGAGAUCCUGGAUUCAGGGGCUUCCCGGCCUGGUUCCUCCUCGAGCCUCUCCCUGGACUAGAAGCGAGCAGUCCCCCUCCCCACGGCCCUCCCUCCGUCUCCAGCCUCUUUGGGGAGGGGCUCUCCGCGCGCCCGGGGAGUUCCCGAGGGUGACCAGCGCUUCGCUCGCCUUCCUAUCUCGCCUGUACCUGGAUAUCAUUUCCAAACGAAGCUGCCCGCAGGAUGACCACGCUGGCCGGAGCUGUGCCCAGGAUGAUGCGGCCGGGCCCGGGGCAGAACUAUCCGCGCAGCGGGUUCCCGCUGGAAGUGUCCACCCCCCUCGGCCAGGGCCGAGUCAACCAGCUGGGCGGUGUGUUUAUCAACGGCAGGCCGCUGCCCAACCAUAUCCGCCACAAGAUCGUGGAGAUGGCCCACCACGGGAUCCGGCCCUGCGUCAUCUCCCGCCAAUUGCGCGUGUCCCACGGCUGCGUCUCUAAGAUCCUGUGCAGGUACCAGGAGACCGGCUCCAUCCGGCCGGGUGCCAUUGGCGGCAGCAAGCCCAAGCAGGUGACGACGCCUGACGUGGAGAAGAAAAUUGAGGAAUACAAGCGAGAGAACCCGGGCAUGUUCAGCUGGGAAAUCCGAGACAAAUUACUCAAGGACGCGGUCUGUGACCGAAACACCGUGCCCUCAGUGAGUUCCAUCAGCCGCAUCUUGAGGAGUAAAUUCGGAAAAGGGGAGGAGGAGGAGGUCGACCUGGAGCGGAAAGAGGCAGAGGAGAGCGAGAAGAAGGCGAAACACAGCAUCGACGGCAUCCUGAGCGAGCGAGCCUCAGCACCCCAGUCGGAUGAAGGCUCAGACAUUGACUCUGAACCCGAUUUGCCACUAAAGAGGAAACAGCGCAGGAGCCGAACCACCUUCACAGCGGAACAGCUGGAAGAAUUGGAGCGUGCCUUUGAGAGAACCCACUACCCUGAUAUUUACACCCGGGAGGAGCUGGCACAGAGGGCAAAGCUCACCGAGGCCCGAGUGCAGGUCUGGUUUAGCAACCGCCGUGCAAGAUGGAGGAAGCAAGCUGGGGCCAAUCAACUGAUGGCUUUCAACCAUCUCAUUCCGGGGGGAUUCCCUCCCACCGCCAUGCCCACCUUGCCAACAUACCAGCUGUCGGAGACCUCGUACCAGCCCACUGCUAUUCCACAAGCCGUGUCAGACCCCAGCAGCACCGUGCACAGACCUCAGCCGCUCCCCCCGAGCACCGUACACCAAAGCACUCUUCCUUCGAACCCGGACAGCAGCUCUGCCUACUGUCUCCCCAGCACCAGGCAUGGAUUUUCCAGCUACACAGACAGCUUUGUGCCUCCGUCCGGACCCUCCAACCCCAUGAACCCCGCCAUUGGCAAUGGCCUUUCACCUCAGGUAAUGGGACUCCUGACCAACCACGGCGGGGUACCCCAUCAGCCCCAGACCGAUUAUGCUCUCUCUCCUCUCACUGGGGGCCUGGAACCUACCACCACGGUGUCGGCCAGCUGCAGUCAGAGACUAGACCAUAUGAAGAGCUUGGACAGUCUGCCAACAUCUCAGUCCUAUUGUCCACCCACCUACAGCACCACGGGCUACAGUAUGGACCCUGUCACAGGCUACCAAUAUGGGCAGUAUGGACAAAGUAAGCCUUGGACUUUCUAGGGGGUAUUUACGUCUGGAAGGGUACAAAAUUCCAACUCUUCCUUAAGGAAAGGGAAGUGGCGGCCUGACUCAGCCUUGCAUCCCAGGAUCAACUGGGGCAAAGCCGGCUGAGGUUCCAGCAAGGACUCGCUUGUAUAAUUAUUUUCUUAACAGAUGUCAACAACAUCUUGCGGUUAUUAAUUGCUGCGAUGUGAAACCUGAUUGCCACUAGGUAAAACACAAGGGUUGGCCAAAAUGAACUAACACUUGGCAUUAGAAACACAUGUUCUUAAUGAGGUCAGUUCAAGGAUCAUGUGGAGUAUAAUCCCAAAGACACAGAGUUGUGUCAAACUUGUCUCAGGAAUAAAAAUAUUAGUCUCCAUCCUUUGAUACCACGGUAUUAAAUAUGACAUUGUCAGCCUGUAGCUGAUUUUGCCCCUUGCCGUGAAUUGUCCCAGCGUGACCUAAAGAGCUGUGUGUGUUUCCUUACAGGUGCCUUUCAUUAUCUCAAGCCAGAUAUCGCAUAAGUGGACUGUCCACUUGGAGUAAAACUGGCCCUGUUUCCAGUCUCCACAGCCGAGACAUGAAGAAUCUCAGAAAAAAAAAAUCACCCUCUCGGGGGGCAGUCUUGACAGGAGACAGAGGAGAAUGAUUGAUUUUCUUUCUCCAGUAGUUGGUUUCAAAUUCUUUUGAACAUGCUGGACAAAAGCCGUGGAGAAAAGGAAGACGCAGAUCAGUAAAGACAAAUGCAACAUUUUAAGGCAAUGAUUUAACAUGGCUACAUAUCAAAUAUCCCAACAUUUAGUGCUGAUCAUCAAGGAGCUAAAACAUUCCAUUUGUGUGUGCGUGCACAUGUAUGUAUGUGUGUGUGUGCACAUGUGUGUGUGUGUGUGUGUGUGUGUGAGAGAGAGAGAGAGAGAGAGAGAGAGAGAGAGAGAGAGAGAGAGAGAUAUCUAUCUGAAUUGGUUCAGGCAAGCAGAAUGUUCUAAAAUAUAGUCAGAAAAUUCUCUAAAGUAUAACCUUGAUAUCCAAUGCUGACACUUCUACAACUUUUAAGCUGCUCACUUAAUGAAGCAGGCAUGGAGGAAUCCUUGACUUUUACACACUGGAAAUUGAUAUACAAAUAAAUGCCACCAUUUUUAGGAAGAUAGACUAGCUAUAAAGGACCUCCCAAAUAAAUUAUUUGUUCUCUUAUCCUCACUUGUACUUCAGUUGUUACUAAAUGUCCCAGAAGGACACAUCUUGCUAAUGGGACCUGGGAUAAGGGGAGGAAAAGCCGGUUUUCCUUCCCAGCGUGGGAGAGGUGUGUGUGGUUUUCGCAAUUCAGUUUCACGUGGAAGCCUACCUGGGCGGGGAGGGGGCGGAGAAUUGAGUGCAUUCCCACAGCUGCUUAUCAGUGUGCAAUACUGUGUACCUCACGGACACCUUGGCAAUGCCAGGGUCAUAGAUACAGAAUCAGAACUAUAUUUUUGCAGGUGCUUUAUUUUCGCAGCCCGUGAUUCCCUGUGGUCAAAUGCAGAGAUAUUCGCCACUUGCUGGACAACUGACACCCGGCUCGCUCCUUUUGACUAGAGACCAUAUUGGAGAAUAAUGCUUUUAAAAUGACUAUGUUUACAUUCUUCUCUUUUCUAGGAAAGGCAGGGCAAGAGCAGAAAUGUCCACGUGGCUCUCCUGUACUUUUAAAUUAUACAACAAUAUCCAAUAUGAAAAGAUUCUAGAAACUGAGGUUUACAUAUGUUAUUGUGGUGACAUUGUAGAAUGUCAAUAAAUUUGUUUUUGGAGGUGUUAAAACAAACAGGCAGGGGGAAGGCAGUGUUAUUUAUUUCUUUCUACGCUUGGAAUCACGAACGAGGUAGGCACAAAUACAUUCCCUUUAGCGUUAAGAACUAUGACAUAGUGAGUUAGUGAGACUAGACAUAGUCCCGAGUUUAGUUCAUACAUUGGUCUUAGUGGGUGAUGGAUGAAGAGAAGAUCUAUCUUUGUGUUGCAGCCUCAACCAACAACAAUGUGUUGUAAAAAUGUCUUUCAUGUAAAAAGUGCAGUAAAUAUUUACUAUUUAUAAUGAAUAAACAGUUAUGAAAACUU